AGGUGGCACGAUAAGACCCAGAGCUCGAUUCCUGUCCGCGGUGGAACAGCUUUUACGCAUAGCAACCAAGGUGCCAUUCCAUCGCUGACAGCUGGACGGACGAAGUCCCUAAACGCAUCACAGUCAUUGCAGAGCUGUCUUUCAGCUUAAUUGAGCCGUCUGCAGUUUCACGUUUGCCUUAGCUAUGUUUUCCAAGGCCACUGCCAACUUUGUCCAUCAAAUUGACCCAGACGGAAGCCUCAUCCACGUGUCUCGAGUGAACAACUCAUGCAAGCUGGUUCCCAUGGCGCUCGUUGUCAAGCGCAACCGCAUCUGGUUCUGGCAAAGGCCCAAGUACCAGCCGACAAAUUUCACCCUCAGCAACUUGCUGCUGGGCGACAGGGAGCUCAUUCCUGGGGUGUUUGAGAAAGAGUUGUUGACCUACGAGGGGACGUUUGGAGACCAACUCUCUGGGAAGCUGGAAACCAAGGUGGGCCCUGUCGGUGGGACACUAGAGGGACGGGGCACCUGCGAGCUCCAAUCAUGUUUUGGCAAGCUGAAGAAACAGGAACUGGAUGUGAAGAAACUCCUAUGUGACUCCAGCAACAGGCUGGUGGACAUGCAGCACGUGCUGAUGCAGCAGCUGAAGAAGCAGUCAGAGGUGCUCGCCAUAGUGAAGGAGCGGAUCUUCACCACCGAAUCCUGCACUAUCACCCAGUCAAAAAACGAGAAGUACAUCUUCCAGGCAGCACUCGGCCUGGUGGGAAUGUUGGGGAGCUUUGUUAAGUGUUCGCAGGACAGCAACCACGUUGAGAAGGACAGCAAUGUUUCUUUGAAGAUCCCCUCUGACACAGUAAUUGCGUACAGCAUCCUGGAACUAAAGAUUAAGAAAAAUGGACACUACGAAAUAUGCCUGCAACCUGGCACAAUCGGAGGCUUUGAGGGAGACUCGCCUGUUAUGUCCUGCCCAUCCUAUGAUCCCUUCACUGAUACGGUGGAUGGCAGUACCUGUCCUGUACCCGCCUCAAGUGCAUGGAGAAACGGAUCACAGGAGGUGGACCUGUCUCCCCUGGCAGAGCUCCCCCAGUUAACUCGGCAUGCCAUGAUCAAGAAGCUCCAAGAGACAAUGAAGGACAGAGCUGCGCUGUCAUAUCUGCAGUGUGUGCUGGAGGAGUUGUACGGCGGUGAAACCCUCGAUACGGCCGAGCAAGAGGAGCUGCUCGAGAGUCAGGGAGAAUCAUUGUCCUGCAAAAUGGAGCAGCUCAACUCAGACAACCACCCAGAGUGCAGCCAUUCUGCCAAUGCUGCUCACCUGCACGCAGCUCACCUGUUGGUCAGUGCUAUGGAAGAGUUGUCGGAUGAAACGCUGAGACUCCUGAGUGAGAGUCGUGCAGAUUUUCUCUGGGCCUUGGACAAACUGAUGCACAGUGUGAGGGAGCGCAGCGGGCCUCUCUCCAUCCAGUGUCUUCCCGUCCCGCUGCAGGACAACCAAGCUUUCCAACUGGCCGAGCAGCUGCUCAGCUCCACCAACCUGACGCUGAAGAGAAACGCUGAGAGCCUGUGGACGGAGAGAGAAGACAAAGCGGGAGUCCUCCCUCUGCUCCUCUGCCUGAGCAUACAUGGAUUGUCCCUGCUGUUCAAUGGGCUGAAGUAGUGCCCUGUUUCUCUUGUUCUUGGACUAUAUUCUGUCCAUUCCUUUCUUUCUUUGUAAAGUUUAUUGAACGUAACCUCACUAUAGUUUAUUGCGUAACAUCUUU